UUUACGUCGCCACAUCUGUUCUGGCUCCGCCAAUUAUUUUGUGUGUUAUAGUGACUCCUUCUGGUGACUUCCCGUACUGCAUGAAGUAGUUAUUUUUAGUUCCCAUGUGACAGGAAGUUAGCCUGAGACAUUUCAGAAUAGCAUGUGUGCUCCAGCUAAGGUGGCGUCUGUUCAUCCUGUGCCAUCCAUCAUUCAUAGCCCUUGAGAAGGCAUUUCCUUUUCACACUGCUUGCUUAGUAAAGCUUCAAAACAUCACCUUGUGGUCCUGAGUUUUACUUUGUGAGAGUGUUUAUCUCGCUGGUUAACCGAGAAGGAGAUUUCGGCGAGGCCAGUAUAGUGAAAAGUAAGACCUUCAAGCAAGUGCUAUCUCCCGGAUGCUGGAUUCCUCCUGCAUUGUCACCCACGGCAACAAGGCCAGCACGACAGCUGCAGAAAUCCACGGCAGGUAGAGCAGACAUAUUCAUCACAGUAAGAGUAACCACGUCACAAACAUGGAGGGUGAAGCGCCAGAGAACCAGUCUGUUUCAUCCAAGUCAUCAAAUGUGUCAAGAGCAAGUAUGGCAGCCACUAAAGCCCGCGCUAAAGCUGAAGCCGCACAAGCAAGAGCUGCAUUUGCAAGGAAAGAAAUAGAAUUAAAGAUAGAAAAGGCCCGUCUAGAAGCCACACUAGAUGCCCUGGAGAGAGAGGGCGAAGCAAAGGCUGCUAGGGCCGAAGCAGCCGUAAUGGAGGCUGCAGUAGCAAAUCUGGAGCCAUCAGAAAUAGAGCAUAGACCACCUUUGCUACCAACACAAAAUUCAAAACAGCGCACCGAAGAGUACGUUAGUCAGCACACAGACACAGGUGCUACUGGACAGCUACAUGCAGUUAAAGAGGAGAGCCCCGUGUUACAUGUAUAUUCCCAUCCCCAAGCAUUAGGCGAUGAGUUAAAGGAAAAAUCUCCAGUGUCAGAGUAUCACAUACUAUCCAGCUACCCAGAAGAUGUUCCCCCUGACAUAAAGAGACAAUAUAUUCCUAAGCCACAGACCCAAUUGCAGCAUCAUCCCCCAAGUCACAUCAACUUCCCAUACUACUCCAGUCAUCGUAACGACAACAUGCCCUCUACAACACGUUACUCCAGUGACACCUCACUUGAUCUCGCCAAAUAUCUGGCACGCGGCAAGCUCGUGUCAUCCGGGCCAAGGUUCGACGAUCGGCCGGAUAAUUAUUUAGCUUGGAAAUCAUCGUUCCUCAACACCAUCAAAAGCUUACAUCUCACAGCUAGAGAAGAGUUGGAUCUGUUAAACAAAUGGCUUGGGAGGGAUUCAGCAGAGCAGGCACGGCGUAUUAAGUCAGUUAAUGUGAGACAUCUUCCUGCUGGAUUAGACCUCAUAUGGGAGAGGUUGGAGGAGACCUAUGGGUCGCCAGAAGCUAUAGAAAACGCCCUUUUUACAAAAAUAGAGGACUUUCCAAAAAUGGCGGCUAAAGACAGCCAAAAGCUUCGUGAGUUAGGUGAUCUGCUGAUAGAGCUAGAAGCUGCAAAACAAGAUGGCUACCUUCCAGGGCUCUCAUACCUUGAUGCUGCAAGAGGUGUCAACCCCAUUGUGCAGAAGCUGCCGUGGGGACUACAGGAAAAAUGGAUGAUGAGGGGAUCUAGCUAUAAAAGGGAAUUUCGGGUAGCUUACCCCCCUUUUUCCUUUUUCACAAAGUUUGUGCGCACAGAAGCCCAAGCACGCAACGACCCCAGCUUUAAUCUCCCCUCAACUUUCACGCCACAAAACACAAACCACAGAUUUGAGAGUAACAGUAAACCAGUCUCUGUUCAUAAAACAGAUAUCUCCUCCUCAUCCACCUCUCCUUUCGCAGACCGCCAGAGCAAAAACAUCGAAGAUCCAGAUAAACAAUGCCCCAUACAUCACAAACCCCACCCACUUAAAACAUGUAGAGGAUUCAGAGAAAUGCCUCUGGAAAGCAGGAAGAGUUUCCUAAAACAGCAUUUUAUCUGUUUCAAGUGUUGUGCAUCCACAAGAAACUGUGAAGCGAACAUUAAAUGCUCAGAAUGCGACAGGCAUCCAGCUGCCCUCCAUCCAGGCCCCCCUCAGUGGUACUCCAAGCCAUCUCCUCCUCCGUCACAGCAUGGCGGGGAGGAGGAAGACUCUCCCGACCCUAACGUCACAUCAAAAUGCACAAAGGUAUGUGGAAAAGGUUUUAGCGAGAAAUCAUGCUCCAAAAUGUGCCUCGUGAACAUUUACCCUAACGGAAGAGAUGAGAGCAAGACGAUGUACGCCAUACUGGACGACCAAAGCAAUAGGUCAUUGGCACGGUCUGAGUUUUUUGAGACAUUUAGCAUAGAAGGCACCACAGCUCCUUACACAUUAAAAACAUGCUCCGGAGUAGCUGAAACAUCAGGCAGGUGAGCAGCUGGCUUCACUAUAGAAUCUGCAGAUGGUAAGACAAGUAUUCCACUACCCACUUUGAUAGAGUGCAACAUGGUCCCAAACAGGGGCGGACUGGGACUAAAAUUCAGCCCUGGAAAAUGACCCAGUCCGGCCACAUGAAAUGUCAAAUGUUAGAAAUCCGCUGUUUAUUAUUUAAAGUUUUACAUCCGAUUCACUCCUUUUUUCUUCUCUGUACACAGCUCCAGUUUGAUCAUUGGCCU